AUGACUAGAGGAAAUUCUGGAUUCAUUCCACCCUUCGAUCCUGAGAUUGAUAGGACGUUUCAUAGGUUAAUUAGGCAUUCUAGGAAUUCGUCUUUAGAGUCUGUUUUUGAACCUGUUCCAUUAGAUAUUGUGCAUCCCACUGUUGAGUACUUGUUGCAUACUGCAUCUACUGCAUCUGUUGCAUCUGUACUUGAUUCUGAUUCUGAUUCUGUUGUUUUUCACACUGAGAACAAUAUGGCACAACCUCCACCUCGUGAGAGGACUUUUAGGGAGAUGGCUGCACCUGAUUUCGAUAUUGAAAGCUUGUGCAUCCAAUAUCCUGAUGAGGACGUUCCAUUUGUUCUCAAAACUGGACUGAUCCAUUUGUUGCCAAAGUUUCAUGGUCUUGCAGGUGAAAGUCCGCAUAAGCAUUUGAAGGAAUUCCAUAUUGUCUGUUCCAGUAUGAAACCACACGAUGUCCCUGAAGAACAUAUCUUUUUGAAGGCAUUCCCUCAUUCAUUGGAAAAUGUUGCUAAGGAUUGGUUGUAUGGUUUGGCGCCUAGAUCUGUCACUAGCUGGGAUGAUCUGAAGAGGCUGUUCUUGGAUAAAUUUUUCCCAGCAUCCCGGACCACAGCUAUCAGGAAAGACAUAACUGGGAUUAGACAAUUAGCUGGAGAGAACCUGUAUGAGUAUUGGGAGAGAUUUAAGACACUUUGUGCUAGUUGCCCCCAUCAUCAGAUACCUGAACAACUUCUUAUUCAGUAUUUCUAUGAGGGUUUGAACAACAUGGAUCGGGGUAUGAUUGAUGCUGCUAGUGGUGGAGCUCUGGGAGACACCACACCUGCUAAUGCCAGACAAUUGAUUGAGAAGAUGGCUUCCAACUCCCAGCAGUUUAGCACCAGGAAUGAUGCCAUUGUGGUGAGGGGCGUUCAUGAUGUUGUGUCCCAGUCUUUAUCAACUGUUGAAAGCAAGUUGGAAAACCAGAUUAAUUCUCUUGCAAAGUUGGUGACACAGUUGACUGCCAACCAGAGAUCUGCAGCUCCAUCUGCAUCUGUUGCACGACUAUGUGCUAUUUGUCCUUCCAAUGACCAUUACACAGAUGCAUGUCCUUCUUUGCAGCAUCCUGCUGCCUCUGAUGCACCACAGGCUUAUGCUACAAAUAUCUUUAACAAUAGGCAGCCACAACAGCAAAAUCAUGACUUGUCCACCAACAGGUACAACCCAGGGUGGAGGAAUCACCCCAAUCUUAGAUGGAACAAUGCGCCACAGCAUCAGCACCAGGCACCACCUUUCCAGAAUGCUGGAGCACCUAACAGAUAUGUGCCUCCACCUAUGCAACAAUACCAGAGGCAACAACAACAACAACAACAGCAGCAGCAAGAGACACCUGCCCAACCAACUGCCUUACCAACUGCCCAACCUUCCACUUCGUCUGAACCUUCAUUGGAAGAGUUGGUGAGACAAAUGACUAUGCAAAACCUGCAAUUUCAGAAAGAUAAUAUGCAAUUCCAGCAGGAGACUAGAGCUUCCAUACAGAAUCUGACUAAUCAGAUGGGUCAGAUGGCUACUCAGAUAAAUCAGGCGCAGUCUCAGAAUUCUGAUAAGUUACCAUCCCAGACUGUGCAGAAUCCAAGAAAUGUGAGUGCCAUAACCCUCAGAUCAGGGAAGCAGAUUGUUGUGCCUUCAGAGCCCGCUUCUACACCUACACAUGCACCUAUGCCUGCCACUUCUCCUAGAGAGGAUGACCAUGACGGUCCACGCAGGACAUUUGAGGUGGGCGGAUCUUCUUCUCUAGUCGGUGGUUCUUCUUCUUCAGGAGGAUCUUCUCCCUUUUCCACCACCACCGCUGCCGCACCUUCUCCAUUGAUUGACCGACCUAUCCCUCUUCCAUUCCCUUCACGGGCACUUCCUAGCAAAAAGAUGGAAGAGGUGGAUAAAGAAAUUCUGGAGACCUUCAGGAAGGUGGAGGUGAACAUACCUCUACUUGAUGCCAUCAAGCAGAUACCAAAGUAUGCAAAAUUCUUGAAGGAUUUGUGCACACACAAGAGGAAGAUGAAGGGCAAUGAGAGGAUUAGCAUGGGAAGAAAUGUAUCUGCGCUUAUUGGUAAGUCGGUCCCGCACAUUCCUGAAAAGUGCAAGGAUCCAGGUAUAUUUUGCAUUCCUUGUGUGAUUGGAAAUAAUAAAUUUGAGAAUGCCAUGCUUGAUUUGGGUGCUUCUGUUAAUGUCAUGCCUUUGUCUAUAUAUGAAUCUUUAUCUCUUGGUCCUUUGCAAACCACAGGCGUGGUCAUUCAGUUGGCUAAUAGGAGUGUUACCCACCCAACAGGUUUCAUAGAAGAUGUCUUGGUAAGGGUUGGUGAAUUGAUUUUUCCUGCUGAUUUUUAUGUUCUGGAAAUGGAGGAGGGAUUCUCUCAUGGAUCCGCUCCCAUUAUCUUAGGCAGGCCAUUCUUGAAAACUGCCCGAACUAAGAUUGAUGUAUAUGCUGGAACUUUGUCUAUGGAAUUUGCUGAUAUUGUUGUUCAUUUUAAUAUCUUUGAUGCAAUGAAAUUUCCAGCUGAGGACCAUUCUCUGUUUAGGAUUGAUACAUUGGAAGACAUUAUUGAUGAAUUUGUUGUUGACAACUUUAAUUCUGUGCAUGAGAAGAAGCAUUCUUUUCUAUCUUCUUUGCAUUCAUUUAUUGAAUCUGGAUUCACAUCAGGUUUUGAUAAUGAUGUUGAUAAUGUUGUGGAUUUUGAUGAGGAUUGUGAUGUCUAG